AGCUGAGAUGCCAUUACAAGGUCGGAGAUUUGACUUGAAACACAAAGGACUAAUCAAAGAGAAAGAAGAAACUUUGACUUGGUGAGUUCUGGGACUCAGAGGUUUCUGUAGAAAAUGGCAGAAAAUACUGCAGUUCUUGAAAGUUUUCUGACCUGCCAUGUGUGUACAGAGACUUUCAGAGAUCCUGUUUCUCUGAGCUGCAAUCACAGCUUCUGUUCAAACUGCCUGCAGAAAUUCUGGGAAAAGACUGGAAACAAGAACUGUCCCAUCUGUAAAACAAGAUCUUCUAAGGAAUUCCCACAUGUUAAUUUCACUCUGAAGGAACUGGCUGAUUCUUUUGCUGCAAGACAGAAAUCUGGAUCAGUAAAGACAGAAAAAGGAGAAAAGCAGCAGUUGACGGUGUGCAGUAAACAUCAAGAAAACCCUAAACUGUUCUGUGAAGACGAGCAGAGAGCUGUGUGUCCUGUCUGUGAGUUUUCUCUCCACCAGAGUCACAAAGUGGUUCCUCUAGAUCAAGCAGUCAGUGAGCUGAAGGAGGAGCUGAAAUCUGAGUUAAAGUCUCUGCAGGACAAGAGGAACAAACACAAACAAGUGGAGAAAACAUACGAUGAUGUGAUUCAACACUGCAAGAAGCAGGAGCUGUCCACAGAGAGACAGAUCAGAGCAGAGUUCAACAAGCUCCACCAGUUCCUGAGAGAGGAAGAGGAGUCCAGACUGGCAGCUCUGAGGGAGGAAGAGGAGCAGAAGAGGAAGACUAUCAUGAGAGAGAUGAAGAGGAUUAAGGAGCAGAUCUCCUCUCUGUCAGACAGCAUCUCUGCUGUUGAAGAAGAGCUGCAGAAAGACAACGUGUCGUUCCUCAGCAGUUAUGAAGCCACUCAGAGCAGAGCCAGAGGUCAGAGGUCACUGCCAGAUCCACAGCUGGUCUCAGGAGCUCUGAUAGACGUGGCCAAACACCUGGGCAACCUGUCCUUCAGAGUCUGGGAGAAGAUGAAGGACAAGGUCCACUUCAGUCCCAUCAUUCUGGACCCAAACACUGCCUACUAUGGUCUGUAUCUGUCUGAUGAUCUGACCGGUGUGAGACGUGGAGACAUAAAGCAGCAGCUUCCUGAUAAUCCAGAGAGAAACACCAACACUGGAACUGUUUUUGGUUCUGAGGGCUUCAGCUCAGGGAAACACAGCUGGGAUGUGGAGGUGGGAGAUCAUCCUGACUGGACUCUGGGCGUAGUGAAAGAGUCAGCUGAGAGGAAGGGUGAGAGACGUGCUUCACCAAAAUAUGGGAUCUGGAGUUUAUGGCAUGGUGAUGGAAAAUACACAAAUACCCUCGGGGAGAUUGUUCCAUUGAAGAAGCGUCUCCAAAGGAUUAAAGUCCAGCUGGACUAUGACAUGGGGACGAUUUCCUUCUACGACUCUGAAGACAUGACUCACAUCUACACUCACAGAGACACUUUCACUGAGAAACUCUUCCCAUAUUUUGGUGUUAGAAGGGCAGGAAGUGCUAAAACAUCUGUUAUUAAAAUCUGUCACAGGAACAUUCCUGUCUAAUGUUCUAGGAAAUUCUUGAAAAGUUAGAUAUAGUAUCUAAAAAGUGUCUAAGUGUGUCCAAACUAGCUGGUGUUAAAAUAAUACUUGUGAAUGUUUUAAAAAAUUGACACCAAUUUUUUUGUUAAAGCAAAACUAGACAUUGUUUUAUAUUAAACAAUACUGGGUGUCACAUUAACAUUACAAAGGCGUUGGUGUUAAAAUAUAUUGUUAAAAGUAACACCAAUGUAGUGUCAAUCAUGCCAUGUACAGGCCAAGAAUUAAGCUGCAGGGCCUUCUUGCUGCAAGGCAACAGACCAACUGCGUGACUUUGCAGCCUAUUUGAUGACAUUUUGGCAAUUAUGUUGGAUUAAGAACGUGAAUCUUUUUGUUCUGAGCCUAACUCCAUGCACAUGCACAGAUUUCUCAAGGUAACGAAUAAUUUGUGCGAGGGAAUUAAAAAAAAAUCCCCACAUCAUCUUGGAGGCUUAACAUUAGCAGUUUGCAAUGUUAACUUUUUAAACACAUAGUAGAAUAUACUCUGCAGCCGUAACGUGAAGGUGUGGCUUAAGCAACAUCAGCCAAUUAACACUCGAAUUUACAACACAAAUAUGUCAGAAGUUACUUUGGCUGGGUUACUUUAAAGCUUUGUGGUGCAAAAACUACACCCACAUUUGUUUUUUAACACUACACCUAAGAUUUUAACACUGCCAUUUUUACUGUGUAAAAUCAUUUCUAUUUACCAUUGUUAUCCCUUCAGUAUGGAAGCCCUUUUCUGCCACUCUGUUAAAAAAAAAA